CUUUCUUCCUCCAUCUUUGAUCUGACUCCCUUGCGGAACUUCAUCAUGGGGUACAAGAUAACUAAUAUCUAUGUCAUCACCACGGUGGCCGUCAUUGGCGGUGCACUAUUCGGUUUUGAUAUUGCUUCCAUGUCCGCCAUUCUCGGCACCCAACAAUACAAGUGUUUCUUCAACCAAACUGGUACCAACGAUGAGGGUCUAUGUGGUGGCCCUACUUCUUCCAAUCAGGGUGGUAUCUCAGCAGCCAUGCCUGGUGGUUCCUGGGUGGGCGCUCUCGCUUCCGGUUUCGUGACUGACUAUCUGGGUCGCCGUGGGGCCAUCCAGUCUGGCUCCGUGAUCUGGUGCAUUGGUAGCGCCAUCGUGUGUUCAUCUUUCGGAAUAGCCCAGCUUGUCGUUGGUCGCUUUAUCAACGGCCUUUCCGUCGGUAUCCUCAGCGCCCAAGUCCCCGUCUAUGUCGCCGAGUUAGCACAGCCCAGUAAGCGUGGGCAGGUGGUGGGAGCACAACAGUGGGCGAUCACAUGGGGUAUCUUGAUCAUGUUCUACGUCUCAUACGGCUGUAGCUUCCUGAAGGGUUCCGCUGCAUGGCGCACUCCGUGGGGCUUGCAGAUGGUUCCCGCCGCCCUGCUCUUUGGCUUGGUCUUUUUAUUGCCGGAGAGUCCACGAUGGUUGGCCAAGAAGGACCGCUGGGAGGAGGCUCACGAGGUUUUGGCUUCGGUCCACGCCAAAGGUGACCACAAUGCCCCCUUCGUGCAGUCUGAGUUACAAGAGAUCCGUGAAAUGGUCGAGUUUGAGCGCAGCAACAAGGAUGCCUCGUACCUCGACCUUUUCAAGGGUCCUAUGCUCUACCGUACCCACCUCGGUAUGUUCACUCAGAUUUGGUCACAGCUCACCGGUAUGAAUGUCAUGAUGCUUUACAUCACCUACGUGUUUGGUAUGGCUGGUCUCACUGGAAACUCAAACCUUGUCGCAUCCUCGAUUCAGUACGUCAUCAAUGUUGUGAUGACCAUUCUAGCCUUGCUCUUCAUUGAUCGUUGGGGCCGUCGCACUCCGCUUUUGGUCGGUUCUACCCUCAUGAUGAUUUUCAUGUUUGCCAACGCUGGUAUCAUGGCCUCAUACGGCAAGCCAGCUCCACCGGGUGGUCUCAACCACACCCCCGAACAGUCGUGGGAUCUCUCCGGGGCCCCUAAGGCCGCCAAGGGAGUGAUCGCUUGCACCUAUCUUUUCGUCGCCAGUUACGCGCCAACCUGGGGUCCUGUCAGCUGGAUCUACCCCCCUGAGCUCUAUCCCCUUCGCCUGCGUGGCAAGGCUGUCGCACUUUCAACUUCAUCUAACUGGAUCUUCAACUUUGCCCUAUCCUACUUCGUCCCGCCCGCUUUUGAAAACAUCAAAUGGAAGGUUUAUGUUGUCUUUGGAGUCUUUUGCUUUGCAAUGACUAUCCAUGUCUUCUUCGCCUUCCCUGAAACAGCUGGCAAAACCCUGGAGGAGGUCGAAACCAUGUUCACCACCCCUGGUCUUACGCCAUGGAAGACAAGCGUGCAGUACCAUCAUGUUCGCAUGCUGGAGCAGGGAGCUAUUCGGUCAGACAAGAUGGCAGACCUUCGCGCAGAGGAAGGCACCGCCGAUGCUCCCAAGUCCAGUGAGAAAGGUACCACCGUUUCGCAGGUUGAAUAGGUAACCGGGCUCCAUAACUCGGUACAGCAUCUCCGUGUGUAUCACAACUGGAACCAGAGCCACUACUUUGUCACCAAAUGAGCCUUUUUCGAUCCAGCUUUUGCCAAUAGGAUGAGUUGCUUUUUAUCUCCCCUAACCUGUUGGGCUAUUCCCCCCACAGUCUCCUAAUCAUGAUUUAACUGCGAAAUACCAACAGGAUCCCAGUCCCACUUGCUUCUA